AUGUGCCUCUAUACUCUGAUCCUGGUAUCUCUUGCAACUUUCACAGCAGAGGGACACACACCCUCACCUCCUGUGGUGGACACUGUUCAUGGCAAAGUCCUGGGGAAGUAUGUGAGCUUAGAAGGAUUCGCACAGCCUGUGGCCGUCUUCCUGGGAGUCCCCUUUGCCAAGCCUCCUCUUGGAUCCCUGAGGUUUGCUCCACCACAGCCUCCAGAGCCCUGGAACUUUGUGAAGAAUGCCACCUCCUACCCACCUAUGUGCUCUCAAGACCCAGUGACAGGGCAGAUAGUCAAUGAUCUCCUAACCAACAGAAAGGAGAACAUUCCUCUCCAGUUUUCUGAAGACUGUCUCUACCUAAAUAUUUACACUCCUUCUGACUUAACAAGGAGUGACAGGCUGCCGGUGAUGGUGUGGAUCCAUGGAGGUGGACUAGUGUUGGGUGGGGCAUCCACCUAUGAUGGCCUGGCCCUGUCUACCCAUGAAAAUGUGGUGGUGGUGGCCAUUCAAUACCGUCUGGGCAUCUGGGGAUUCUUCAGCACAGGGGAUGAACACAGCUGGGGGAACUGGGGUCACUUGGACCAGGUGGCUGCACUGAGCUGGGUCCAGGACAACAUUGCCAAUUUUGGAGGAGACCCAGGCUCCGUGACCAUCUUUGGAGAGUCAGCAGGAGGUGAAAGUGUCUCUGUCCUUGUAUUGUCUCCCUUGGCCAAGAAUCUCUUCCACAGGGCCAUUUCUGAAAGUGGAGUGGCCCUCACUGCAGGCCUGGUCAAGAAGAACACCAGGCCCUUGGCUGAGAAAAUUGCAGUUACAGCUGGUUGCAAAAAUACCACAUCAGCUGCCAUGGUUCACUGCCUUCGCCAGAAGACAGAGGAAGAACUGUUGGAGACCACGCUGAAAUUGAAUCUUUUUAAGAUGGAUUUGCAUGAAGACACCAGACAGAGCCAUCCCUUCAUUCCCACUGUGAUUGAUGGAGUGCUGCUGCCAAAGAUGCCUGAAGAGAUCCUGGCUGAGAAAAAUUUCAACACUGUGCCCUACAUUGUGGGAAUCAACAAGCAAGAAUUUGGCUGGAUUCUGCCAACUAUGAUGGACUAUCCACCCUCUGAAGUGAAAUUGGACCAGAAGAUGGCUACAUCACUGUUGAAGAAGUCCUCUUUUAUUCUUAACCUCCCUGAGGAUGAGAUUCCAGUUGCCAUCAAAAAGUACUUAGGUGACACAGAAGACCCAGACAGAAAUAAACACCAGCUUCUGGAGCUGAUCGGAGAUGUGGCAUUUGGUGUCCCAUCUGUGAUUGUGUCCCGUGGACAUAGAGAUGCUGGAGCUCCCACCUAUGUGUAUGAGUUUCAAUAUCGCCCAAGCUUCUCACCAGAAAUGAAACCCAAGACGGUGAUAGGAGACCAUGGAGAUGAAGUCUACUCUGUCUUCGGUGCCCCGAUUUUAAGAGAUGGCACCUCAGAAGAGGAGAUCAAUCUCAGCAAGACAGUGAUGAAAUUCUGGGCAAACUUCGCUCGGAAUGGGAACCCCAAUGGGAAGGGGAUGCCACAUUGGCCAAAGUAUGACCAGAAAGAAGGCUACCUGCAGAUUGGAGCUACCAUCCAACAAGCCCAGAGGUUAAAAGACAAGGAAGUAGCUUUUUGGACUGAGCUCCUGGCUAAGAAGCCACCACUGACAGGACACACUGAACUGUGA